AGGGUAGCAAGCAGGCCAUGCAGGGAGGGCGGGGCGCAGCGAGUGGAGUGUUGAUGGUGGCAGCGUCAUGCCUCAUCAGUCAGAGAGAUCCUCCUCCUCUCCUGCCCUUCCUUGCCUCUCGCCGUCUCUCCCCGCUUCCUCUUCUCUUCUUCCCCUCCCCUCCACAUCUUCCUUGCCAUAAUCCGCGCUUCACCUUGCGGGGGGGCGACUCAGAGGAAAAUGGAUGGGAAGAAGUUAGCGAGGAGCAAGCGAAUGAAUUCUUAGUCGACGAAGACAACGAAGGCUGGGCAGGAAGGUCGUUUGAGGGCAACAUCCGAUACAAGGUGCUGGAGGACGUGAACGCGUCUCAGCCGGGUGGAGCAGGAAGGGGAUGGAAGAAGCCCAAGAUGGGGGACCUGGUCGUCGUCACAUGCAGGCGGCUUGAUGAGAAGUGCAAGGGAGAACAUGAGGGACCUCGGGUGGUCCAGCUUGGCGCGGGAGUCUUGCACGAGUCGAUUGA